AUGCCUCCCCCUGGGUCAGAUGUGUACUCACAUCAGUACCAGCGUAAGUGUCUCAAACAUCCCUACCACUUCCAGGUGAUGGGUGCUCUCUUCUUCGUGUAGAAGGAAAGUGGCACACUGAACCACCUAUAAGUGUGUCUGCUGCCACCAACAGGUUUGGAGUAUACACUGAGUAGCCUCGAGGAAAUCGUGGCCUCGCACAUACAGGCGCUAGCCUUGGGUAUUCUAAAUACAGUUAGUGUCUCCAACUGUAUUUCAAGUCAGACUAUCUUCGAUGCCCCGUUUUCUAAAUUUAAACCAUCAAACAUUUUCUGUUGAAUGUUUGCUUUCAUAGUGUUUUCUCUUUGGAAUGUUCUUUGCUAAUCAGCCUUGAAUCUUUCUUUGGCGAUUUAUCUAAACCUGAAAUAUCACCCUAAAUUGAUAAUGAGAAUGUUUGGCUGUUAACUAUCUCACUGCAUGAUGUCCCAUUCUGAAUGACAAAUCUUUCAUGCCUGAUAGUCUCUCUAUAAAAAAAUCUGGCCAGAAAUAUUGGCACACUUGCAAUUUUUUCUAAUAAUUCACAAUUUCUUCCAGAAAACUAUUGAAAUUAAAACAUUGGUAUCCACAUAUGUAUGUCUUUGUUUUGCAGUUGAACAAAACGAAAAAAUCUGAAUAAUUUACUAAAUCUUAGCUUAUUCCACAAAGAAAUCCUAAAAUGGCCCGGACAGUAUUAUUGGCACCUUCUAGAAGUAGUUAGAAAUAAUUAGAUUUCAAGCAGGUGAUUCUCUUUUACUUUGGAAUUGAACUCACCUGUGGUAUGUGGUAUGUUGCAUGUGCCUGCAAUAUAAAAAUCACUCAUUCAGCCAGUUUGAAUAGAGAAAAGGACUAAUUCUCCUGUUUUGUGUCAUUGUGUGUACCGCAAUGUGCAUGGAGAAAAUAAAGAAAACCAGAGAAUUAUCUGAGGAGGUCAGACACAAAUUGUAGCCAAACAUGGACAAUCUCAAGGCUACAAGUCCAUGUCCAGAGACCUUGAUGUUCCUGUUUCCACCAUACGUAAUGUUAUCAAGAAGUGUAAGGCCCAUGCCACUGUAGCAACCUCUCUGGACGUGGCCGCAAGAGAGAACUUGAUGGAAGAUUGCAGCGAAGGAUUGUUCUAAUGGUGGAGAAAGCACCUCUAUCAACUGCCACACAGAUUCAAGCUGACCUUCAGACACAAGGUAUGACAGUUCAAUUCGCACCAUCUGUUGCCAACUCAAUGAAAGGGGGUUGUAUGGUAGGAGACCCAGGAGGACCCCACUGCUGAGAGAGAGAGAUAUAAGAAAGCCCGACUGCAAUUUGCCAAAACACACCUGAACAUGCCAACAUCCUUCUGGGAGAAUGUCCUGUGGACAGAUGAGACCAAAUUAGAGCCUUCAAAGAAAAUAACACCUUCCCUACAGGCAAACAUGGAGAAGGUUCAGUGAUGUUUUGGGGUUGCUUUGCUGCUUCUGGCACUGGGUGCCUUGAACGUGUGCAUGGCAUCGUGAAAUCAGGAGAAUACCAAGGCAUUGGAGCGCAAUGUCGGACCCAGUGUCAGAAAUCUGUGUCUCCGUCGAAGGUCAUGGUUCUUCCCAGCAGGAGAAUGACCCCAAACACACUUAAAAAAGCACCCAGGAAUGGUUCAAGAUCAAACGCUGGACUGUUCUGAAGUGGCCAGCAAUGAGUCCAGAUCUAAAUCCCAUUGAAAACUUGUGGAGAGAUAUGAAAACAGCUGUUGGGAGAAGGCAUCCUUCAAAUCUGGGUAAACUGGCGCUGUUUGCACAAGAGGAGUGGACCAACCUGCCAGUACAGAGGUGCAGGAAGCUCAUUGAUGGCUAUAGGAAGCGCUUGAUUGCAGUUAUUUUGAACAAAGGCUGUCCUACCAAAUAUUAAGUCUAGGGUGUCAAUAAUUUUGUAAUGCCAUUUCUGUUUAUUUUCUGAUUUAAAUGGAUAUAUUAAGUUCUGAAUCAAAAGCAAAGGUUCUGUAAUAUUGACAGUGAAAUAAAGAAUUGUGGAGACUAAAUACUUAGGUAAAUUUCAACUUAUUUUUGGGGGAAAUUGUGAGUUACUUGAAAAACGUGCAAGGGUGCCAAUAUCUUUGGCAACGACUGUACUUUUGAAUGAAGUUCUAACUAAGUUGAAGCAUUUUUCUGUAAUGUUACCAUAUAUUGUAAUUAUUAACAGAGAAACAUGCUUCCAUUUCACAUUUCCUGAACUGCUAGAAAUUUGAAUGCAUGUUACUAUUGUUAAAGACCCACAGUAAGCACUGUUACAGUUAAAGUAUUUAACGUAACUCUGUGACUAAUGCAUGCUGUUCUCUCUUCUGUGAACCCCAGCCUACCCUCCGGCCAGCCAGUACAACCCUGGCACUGGUGGCCCAGCUAUCUAUUCACCUCUUCAGUACUCUGCUCCUCCCUCCUUCUCUUCCUCCUCUCCUCAAGCCCCAGCUCCAGGCUUCAUGCCCCAGUACACUCAACAACCCCUCUACCAACCUCCUGCCAUGGGCCAGCCUCUGUCUUCUCAUCCUCCUUUCUCUCCUACUUCCUCCUUCUCUCCUCCUCUGUCCUCUGGAGCGUCUUUCCAACAUGGCGGACCAGGGUCGCCUGCCUCGUACAUGCUUCCUCCUCCACCAACCGGAUCCUCA